AUGUCCAAUAACAACAACAACACGACCCUUCCUCCAACGAGUGCCACCAUUAAAUCCCUCUCUUCUCCUCGUGCUGUACCUUCUCGUCUUUUACUCGGCUCCACUACUGGUAUCAACUCUCAGACUGGAAUGGAAAAUGUGAGUGGUUCAACUUCUCCACCCUCGAAUCAUCAUCACUCACGAGUUACGAGUUUGGGCUCACCUCUGAUCCUUCCCAUGAAUACAGGUACUCCUCGUAUUCAUUAUCCACCCUCACCGACCACCAUUUCAUUAUUGGAGGAUUCUGUACUUUUUCAACAACAACUUUCUCCCAAACAAAUUGAUGCCACCAAUAAGAUUCAAGCCAUACUUGACAAACAGUUCGACAAGCUUCCAGUCACAAAAGAUAUCCCUCGAUUACUAAAGAAAAUAUAUUUAAUAUCGCCAAAAAAGAUCAACCUACAAUCGCUUCAACAACAAGAUAUCAAUGCAUCAACCAUAACAAACAUCACACAAUCCCUCUCUACGCGACAACAAGACGAUAUGUGGAAGCACAAAACAGAUAUUCCAUUCAAUCCUGAAAAUCAUUCCGAUCUCACAUCUCCAGACGACAUUCCAAAAGAAAUUAUCUUUUACCAAUUUAUUAGAGCUAUUGUGGAAGAUGUGUUAAACGCUUCCAGUGAAUUCAACGUUCCAUCCUAUGAAGAGUAUAUUUCACACAUUGAUUUUAAUGACCAUCGUACUCUCAAUAACUUUCUCAUGAAUUCCAUCUCCUUCCAUCCCUCUACACACAUGGGACAACAUGACCAUCCAAUCCAAACCAACUCUAAUGCUGGAAAUGAACCUCUAAGCGGUAAGGAUGAAAACAAAAAUCCUCUACUGUUUCUUCUCAAAUGUUGCCAGCAAACAAUUGUCAUUAACGUUCUGAUGGGACUCCGUGAAUUCACAAUGAAACACAAAAUUCAUUUUAAGGAUGCUCGUGGAGCUUGGAAAUUAUGGAUAGGCUCCGAUAGUGAUCCAUCUGAUGCUUCAGCUCCUUUUGAUACAUUCUAUGUUGCUCACGAGCGUUCGGAGCAGUUAUACAUGAAGCGUCUAGAUUGGAUGCAAUCAUAUGGAAUAUCUGACGAAGAAUUGGCGAAAUUGGAAGCAAAUGAUCCAAAAGAACAAGUUAAUUUUGCAAAAGCAGCCAUGAAACAACUUUUCCAAUUCAAGUGGCAAAUCAAGUUAUGUUUUUCUAAGGAAUCUGUAUUGAGUGGUGAAACACCUCUAGGCGAGAAUGACUUUAAAUUAACUCAUGUCACAAUUUCUCUACUAGGCAUUGAUUACUCAAAUGAAGAUCUCACAGUGAGCCAUCCUCAAUACUGUGAAAAAGAGAUUGCCUUAUUAGAGCAAUAUUUUGACAUGUUCAAAUUUCAGUCUUCAAUCUCAGUUACCGCCGACACAUCCUCUCCUCAGAGUACUUCAUCAGACCAAGUGCUGGAAUUUUCCAAGAAAGAAAUGUUAGGCUCCCCUUGGGCAUCUCCGACCACACCUGGUGGUGUGACAUCAGGAGCGAGCAUUUCUCAACUCAUCAAUGGCAGUAAACCUUCGCCACUCACAAAGCACGUUUUUUCAUCAAAAACACCGAUGGAUACUCCAGAGACGCAAUCGAUGGUAACUGUGUUGAGCACUGAAAGCGUAGGUGAUCAUUCUCAAACCAUAAAAACAUCGGCAGCAAUAGUAGAAACAUCAAGCAAAGAGCAGGAAAAAGAGCAUAUCGACAUCAAACAAGUCACAUCAACAGAAUCCCAAAAAGACGAAACCAAAUAG